AUGCCUUUCACGCCGCCCUCAUGGGUACCCGAGUGCCCUGUUAUACCGGAGAACAUCUCCAUCGAGACGUUCAUGUUCAACGAGCAUUAUGGCCGCUUUCCUAUGGGUUACUCGCAACCACCCUUCAGCUGUGCCUUGACUGGCAGAAACUUCAGCGCACUUGACAUGAAAGAUAGGGUGGACUGGUUGUCCCGUGCGCUGUGCCACGAGUUCGGUUGGAAGCCAGAUGAGGGCUCCGAAUGGGAUAAGGUGGUCGCUGUCUUCAGCUUGAAUACUAUCGACUAUCUUACCCUUGCCUGGGCUGUACACAGGAUAGGCGGUCUUCUGACUGCAGUGAAUGCUGCGUACAAUGCGUCCGAGCUCGAGUUCCAAAUGAACGACUCUAAAGCUAAGGCCAUCUUCACCGCAUUGCCACUGCUCCAGACGUGCAAAGACGGAGUGAAGAAGUCGAAGCUGUCGGAUGAUAGGAUAUAUCUUCUUCCUCUACCUGAGGCAGUGACUCCAGGAAUGUCAAACAAUGGCCAUCAGACGAUCGAAGAUUUGAUCAAGAAAGGUCAAAAGCUCGACCGAAUUAUCCCAUCUGACCAGAGUUGGCCAAAGGGACAUGCGAAAGAACGUUGCGCUUUCUUGUGCUACUCAAGCGGCACUUCUGGUCUGCCGAAGGGUGUCAUGAUCUCGCACUACAACGUGAUUGCAAAUACCCUGCAAAUAGCCACACACGAAUCGGUGGAUCGGGAAAAAGCCAGGAAAGAAUUUAACAAUCCCCAAUAUACAGAGAACUGCCUGGGCUUGCUCCCGUUCUCGCACAUCUAUGGCCUGAUCGUCAUUUCGCAUCUCGCACCUUUUCGAGGCGAUGGCGUUGUGGUGCUUCCCAAAUACGACUUCAAGUGGUUGCUCCAAGCAAUUCAGGACUACAAGAUCCGCAUGCUUUAUCUGGUGCCGCCGAUGAUCAUUCACAUCACCAAGGCGAAAGAUAUUGUCAAACAAUACGACCUCUCGCAUGUCCGCGCAUGCUUUACGGGCGCAGCACCUCUCGGAAAGGAAACUGCUGACGAUCUAGCACAAAUCUUCCCCAACUGGGCUAUUCGUCAAGGCUACGGCUUGACAGAGACAUCGACUGUAGUUUGCUCUACUAUGACGCACGAUAUCUGGCUUGGAAGCUCUGGUUCGCUUCUGCCAGGCAUCACUGCUCGGCUGGUCACCGUAGAAGGCAAUGAGAUCACCGGCUAUGGACAACCUGGAGAACUCUGGGUGAAGUCGCCAGCCGUUGUCCUAGGGUAUCUCAACCGACCAGACGCCAAUAAAGAGACCUUCAUCAAUGAACCCGAUGGCAGAUACAUGCGGACCGGUGACGAAGCUAUGAUCCAGAAGUCGCCGAACGGCCAUGAGCAUAUAUUCAUCACAGAUCGUAUCAAGGAAUUGAUCAAGGUGAAGGGCUUGCAAGUAGCUCCAGCUGAGCUUGAAGCGCACAUCCUCACUCACCCUGCAGUCAACGACACUGUGGUCAUUGGCAUUCCAUCAGAUCGAGAAGGAGAAGUGCCGAAAGCAUUCGUGGUGAAGAAUGCCGGCGUCAAGGAAGAUGAUGAGACGUUGGCCAAGUCGAUCGCAAAGCAUGUCGAGCAAGCCAAGAGCAACCACAAGUGGCUACGUGGCGGCGUUGAAUUCAUCGAUGUAGUCCCAAAGUCGCCUUCUGGCAAGAUCCUGAGACGCCUCAUUAGGGAUAAGGAAAGGGAGAAGAUGAAGAAGCAGGGACCCAAGCUGUAA